UCAAAAGAUUGUAAUUAAAUUUUAACAAUGGAUAAUGGACUUUAUAGAAAUAUGAUCAUUUCUGAACUUAGUAAUGUAAAAUCUGAUUUUGUCAAGACAAUGAAUCUUGAAUGUGUCGCAAAAAAUUCAAAACUUUCUUCUAGUAAAAGGAAGGAUGGUAAUGCACUAUACUAUAAACUGAAAUUUUUGGAAAAAGCAUUUAAGAAUUAUACAGAAAGCAUAGCGUUGGCUCCAAUUGAUUCAGAAGAGCUUGCAUUUGCUUAUGGUAAUAGAUCAGCUUUGCUAAAAUUUCAAAAGAAAUAUAAUGAAAGUAUUUUGGAUAUUGAUAGAGCACUUGCAAUAAAUAAAACUGAUAAUUCACACAAAUUAAAGCUUCUGUAUCGCAAACUUCAUUGUCUUGAAGCACAAUAUUCGCUUAAUAAUGAUAAAACAUACAAUGAAAUUGUGAAUUUAAUUAAAAUUAUAGAUGGAAACAGUUUUAAUAUUAAUAUUUUAUACAAAGUAAAGGAUAUGUUAAAUAAUCUUAGCAAAACUAAUCUUGAGAAGGUGCAAGAAAUACCUGAACAUAUACAAAUUUUAUCUAUUAAAGAAGAUCAAAAUCCUUUUGAUUUUGUAAAAAUUCAAUAUAAUAAAAAAUUUGGCAGGUGCCUGGUGUCCACUUGUGACUUUAAACCUGGAGACAUUAUAUUUGUAGAGAAAGCUUAUUUAAAACUUUUUGAACAAGUUAAGUUUGUAAAUUAUUGUGGCCAUUGCUUCUCGAAGUCAUGGACAAAUAUACCAUGUGACUAUUGUAAUUGGUGCAUGUUUUGUUCUGAAGAAUGUAAAAAUUUGGCUUGGAAGAAUUAUCAUGAUAUCGAAUGUAUAACUAUUUCACAUUUGCUAAAUUAUCAUAAAAUUAAUAAUUCUGAUUUCCUUAGUUUGAGAAGUUUACUUAUAAGAAUAAAGGAAUUAGGUGGUAUAGAAAAUUUUAAAGCUGAUAAUUUAGAGUUUGUUGAUGUAUCUAUAGAUAAUAACAGAUGCAUGCAAGAAGCAAAAUAUAAUUUUUUAAAAUCACAAAUAGUUAAACCAGUAGAUAAUUCUUAUAAUACAGUUAAAAAUAAAUUUUUGACUGACUAUGCUAUUACAGCUGUUAAAAUGUUAAUUAUUUUAACAAAAACAACAUCACUCUUUAAAGAAAGUGGGGUAAACAAAUUCAGUAGUAUUAAUGACUUACAAACAAAUCAAGAUAUUUUAUUUAUUGGCUCAGUAUUUCUAAAACUUAGAAUAAUAAGUGAACACAGUACUCACAUAGUAAAUGAAAAAUCUGUUAAUAAAUUAUCGAAAGACUAUAUGAUUUGCAAAGCAGCUAAUUGUUCUUUACAAGGAGCUUAUAUACCUUCAAUAAGUUCCUCAAUUCUUCAAAGUCAUAAUCCAAAUACAAAAAUAUGCAUAACAGGCAGUCAACAAUUAAUUGUUCUUGCAUUACAGUCUAUUCAUCAAAAUUCUCCUUUAUUUGUGUCAUGUAAUCCUUGGCUUAUUCACCCUUUCGAAGAUAAUUCAAUUUUAGAAAACACAAAAUCAACCUGUUGUGAGGAUUGCACACAAAAGUGGUCUAAUUUGCUUCAACUAUAUAAAAUGCCAACGGAAAAGCCAUUUUUAUAUGCAUCAACCUACAAUCAAAAAGAAUCAGAUUUGUAUGAUGAAAAUGAUAUGUUGGUGAGUCCGAUUUUGAACGGCAAGAAGCAGCAAUUUAAUCAGUCAACAAUAAGACGCUUAUCUAAAGCCAUAGAUGAGGCUUCAAAAUAUUUAAAUCAACCAUCAGUUGUUAUUUAUGAAUUACUAAUAUCUUUGAGCAUAGUAUUUAAUAGGCUUUAUGGUACAGAAAGAAUAUUUUAAUGUAGUUAACUGUUAUUCAUAUAGUUUCUAAUUUUUGUCUUUUCAAAUAAUUGAAUGACUUUUACGCGUUAUUUAUGAAAUUGUGCCUAAUAAGUUAUAAGAUAAA